GGUAUGUUCCAAUGUGUAGAACAAAUUUUCCAAAAAAAUGACAAACAUUUAUUAUUUUAAUAUAAUUAAUUAUUUUAACAUUUUUAGCCUUUUAUUCCUGAAUUUAUCACGUUAAAAUGGCACCACCCUCUAACAAAGUUUUUGACUCAAUAAACCACAGAUUCCACCCCUUUUAACAUAAUUACCAUUAAUUGUUAAUUAAUGUGAAAAUAGCACUAUGAGUACGUAUGGGAGUAGUAGGAUGAAAUGGUUUUUUACAAAACCGUACGUCAGACAUUCGCCUUCACUGCUUCAUUAUCCUCUAACAUCUCAUGUGAACAGGGGAAAAUUAAUAAAUUGGAUGUAUAAUAAGCCUUAUGACAGAUCAGAGGUCAUCUCAGUGUAUGGCCCGAAUACCAUACAGUUAACUAAUUUACCCAUGGGAUACACGCCGGAGUAUUUGCAAGAAAGACUAAGGCGCUUUUUCUCCAAGUUUGGCACUGUUACUUUUGUCAGGUGUUUACCUCACCAGCUGGAUCCUUACCAGUGUAACGGCACGGGAUACGUCAGUUUUAGGACCAAAGAAUCAUCUCUAGACGCCUCUAGAGCUAAUUUAGUCCUACCAUUCACUCUCCAUAGUAAGAUUAUAAGCAUAAAUCAUCUGUACUGGGAUACCCAUAAUGACCCCCAGUACUACUACAAGCAGUUGCACUAUAACAGGGAAAUACUCCGAAUUGGACUGGAAUUGUACCGUAAAAUCGCUGAUCAGGGGGUAAUUAGUAUUAACAGAGUUGCUAACGGGAUAUUUGAAAAGUGUUUUUAUACCGGGAAAUUAAUCAAGUCUGGCGUGUCAGUACUGAGUAAAUUUGGCACCUGGGAUAAUUUCUUUAAUCAAUCCCCUUUCAAAAGGAUUUUUAAAGUUGUAGAGGGUAGGAUUGGUUUAUUGUUAUGUUCAGAGGAAACUCUGGAGAGAGUGUUAAAAGAGGCUGAGAUACAAUUAACUAAGCAGUUGGAUGAGAGUUUGGCAGUUAACUGGCGAUUAGGAAAGCCAAAGUUACCAGAACAGGCACAGAAAGAGGCUAAUGAAUUGUAUUAUCUGGAACCCAUCCCUGAACAGUUACAACUACUCUCGAGAAGUCACACAAUGUACAGAUUACACGAUGAAAGAUAUUUGUUCAAGUUCUCUCUCAAACAAAAGAGAAAUCAACAACGGAAACUAUACCGACAAAACAAACUCAACACACAAUCCACCACUUAACCAUACUAUAUAUAC